CACUAACAUUUUCUUAUAUGAAGAGACAGAGAGAGAGGAGAUGAAUAAAGAAGAGAUUGACUCAUCCUUGGCUACUGCAGCCAUGGCGGUUGCAGUUGCUGCGGCGGUGGCGGAGGAGGAGAAAUUGUGGUGCGAAGGUGUGGUGGAGGAGAUGACGUGGAGCACCGUGUGGUUGCCAUUUUGGGACGUUGAGUUUGUUGGAAGAAACUACAAUUUGUUGUUCAGUGAUGUUGCUUGGGACGAUGAUAUUUGGAACCUCAAAAAUCUAACUCAUUCCUCAUAAUCAUUUUCUCUAAGGAAAAUAGUAUGUAAAUGUAUGUUUUUUUAUAGUUUCUUCUAUAUAAUUUAUAAUUUUCCUUAAUUUUUGUUCAAUUUUUUUUCUUAAUUAUUUUCUUCGAUGUUGUUGGUUUGAAAGUAAUUAUCUCUAGAAUUAAAAAUUAGUCCGUAUUAAAACUGUGUUAAUACCUUAAUAAUGGUGACUGUUAAUUAAAUUCUUU